AUGCCGCUACCUAUUGUACCUAUUAGCAACUCUAACCUGCUCGGUUUUCUCUUCACUUCAUUCAGAACUUUUCUAAUCCCACAUGAGCGCCAUGAUACGGUGGACUCUGACAUUCUCACGAAAGGUGACAAUAAUCCCGGGGAUGACCGAGUCCUGUACGCACAUGGGCAGCUUUGGCUGCAGCGACAGCACAUCAUUGGACGGGCUGUUGGCUAUCUGCCUUAUGCUGGGUGGCUUACAAUCGUCAUGACGGAGAAACCAGUCCUCAAGUAUCUGCUAAUUGGUGCACUGGGGCUGCUGGUGGUAGCAUCCAAGGAGUGACGUUAAAGGUAGGAUGGAUGAACAGUGAGAAGAGUAUGCGGAGAGGAGAAAAGCUGUAGAGAAACACAAUUGUUAUGUUGAAGAAAGCUGUAUUGCAUACAUGAUACAAUGUUGGAGUACAAGUAUAUAUAAUAUCU